GUACUGAUCGAGGAGCUCCAUGCCAGAGGCCACACCAUCACAGUGGUCAGACCCUCUACCAGCUGGUACAUCACRGAGGAGUCACCUCUAUACACCUCCAUCACCAUCAAGGAGAAAGAUUCCUUAUACAGCUACAUCGAAACUUUCCUACAGAAUCAACUGAAGGCUCAGAGAGAGGGGGUAUCUUUGCUGAAGUUCUUCCAACUAACCAAGGAGUUCCUCAGUAUGAUAGAAGAAGCCCACACCUUGGGCUGCGAGAUGCUGGCUCGCAUGUUCGAUGACAAGGAGUUGAUGAAGAGUCUCCAGGACGCUCAGUAUGACAUGAUGCUCACCGACCCUAACAUCGCUGUAGGGCUGCUGAUGGCCCACUACCUCAAACUGCCUGUGGUGCUCAACGCCCGUUGGAUCACCAGUGGGGAGGGCCACUUUGCCAUCGCCCCCUCUCCCKUGUCKUACAUCCCGYUCKCAGGGUCUGGAUUCACUGACAAGAUGACCUUCGUCCAACGGGUCCAAAACAUGCUGCACUACAGCAUCAUCGUGUAUCAGCAGAGGUUCGUAGUUGGGCCGAUUUAUGAUGCAAUUUGCUCCAAGUACUUUGAAGAGGGCUGUGACAUCAUCUCCUUGAUCCAGGAAGCUGACAUCUGGCUGAUGAGGUCUGACUUUGUGUUUGACUUCCCCCGUCCCACCAUGCCCAACGUCGUCUACAUGGGGGGGUUCCAGUGCAAGCCGGCCCAGCCCCUGCCUCCAGAGCUGGAGGAGUUUGUCCAGAGUGCCGGGGAACAUGGGGUGGUCGUCAUGUCUCUGGGGACUCUUGUCAAUGCACUUCCUGUUGAUAUCACAGACCAGAUCGCCAGUGUGUUCGCCAAGCUGCCUCAGAAGGUGAUCUGGAGGCACCGGGCAAGUUCCCCUCCACCUCUGGGCAACAACACCCUUCUGGUGGACUGGAUGCCCCAGAAAGACCUCCUGGGUCACCCCCAGACCAGAGCCUUUGUGGCCCAUGGAGGAACCAACGGGAUCCCAGAAGCAAUUUAUAUUGGCACCCCAGUGCUGGGGAUACCCCUGUUCUUCGACCAGUAUGACAAUCUUCUGCGUCUGCAGGAGAGAGGCGCUGCUAAGAUCCUGGAGCUGGCCAUGUUCAACGGACCCAAUUUCCAGCAGGCUCUGAACCAGGUGCURACCCACGCCCCCUACAGGGAGAACAUGCAGAGGCUGUCCCACCUGCACAGGGACCAGCCCAUCAAGCCCAUGGACAAGGCCGUCUUCUGGUUGGAGUUUGUGAUGCGACACAAGGGGGCGUCUCACCUCCGRACGUCGGCCAACAGGAUGKCRUGGUACUCUUACCACUCUGUGGACGUGCUGCUACUGCUGCUGGCUGCCGGSGGAGGAGUCUUGCUCUCUGCUMGGCUCCUGAUCAGGAUCCUCUGGAGAACCUGCCGGAAGAACAGGAACAAAACCAAACAGCACUGACACCAGUAGCAGAAUGGAAUUACUGGAAACCAAGACUGUUCACAAGGCAGACCUAGUUAUAGCUAAAUAUAUUGCGUACGGGACAGUUCUACCAUUUUGCCUAAACUUAAUGUAGUUCUCCAUACAACCACAGUGCCUUCGAAAAGUAUUCACCCUGACUUGUUCAACAUGUCGAUGUGUUACAGCCUGAACUUUAAAUUGAUUUAAAAAAAUGUUUAAGCUGAAAUGUCUUGAGUCAAUAAUUUUUCA